AUGUCAGAUAUCAUAUCACCAACAAUGCAGCCUUCAGCAGAAACGAUGUUGGCGAGUACACAAUUGAACCAAGUUACAGCUUUGGAAGCUCUAGAGCAUUAUAAGAAGAAAGAUCCUACUAAGGUGGUCGUAAGAUUCAAGGGGAUUGGAUCAGCUCCAAUAAUGAAAAAUAACGUGUUCAAAGCUACCGCGGGACAUAAAUUUCAAGCUGUCAUUUCUUUUUUGAGACAGCAAUUAGGUAUGAAGAAAGAUGAGCCAUUAUUCACAUAUAUCAACGCCGCUUUCGCACCUGCACCAGAUGACACAGUCGGCAACCUGUUUAAAUGCUUCGGUACAGAAGGUCAUCUGAUAGUCAAUUAUAGUAAUACUCAAGCAUGGGCAUAG